GGACUAGUUUUGUUUUGGUCAGAACUGUGUUAGUGAGUCUGAUUAAUAAACACAUUUUGAAAUAUGUUUUGUGCAAGUUUAGCUGUAUUACUAUUAUUAUGCUGCACCAUCUGCUACUGUGCGGUGGAACAAUGUGGUGAGACACGUGAAAAGCACUCUCAUUGGCUUCACAAAGAAAAUACCUGCUCUGAUUCUCAAGAUGAUAAUGAUUUUGGAAGUUCUUUAAUUAAAGACAUUUACACAUCUGUCAAGAAGGCAGAGUGUGAUUUAGCAAAUCCAUCAGAUUAUCCUCCCCACUACAGUCCUCGGGAGGGAGAAGAGUUUGAUUUCAUCAUUGUUGGUUCCGGCUCAGCAGGGGCUGUCAUCGCGAACCGCUUAUCUGAGAUCUCAGAAUGGAACAUACUCCUUCUUGAAGCUGGAGGUAAUCCCACAAAGACUACUGAGAUACCCGGUGCUUUCAUGGCAAAUUGUAAGUCAGAGUUGGAUUGGCAAUACCAAACAGACAGGUAUGAGGAUAACUGUCUCGGGAUGGUCAACAGUAGUUGUAGUAUGCCAAGAGGAAAAGUGCUCGGAGGUACAAGUACAAUCAAUGCCAACAUUUAUGUUAGGGGAAACCGAAGAGAUUUUGAUUCAUGGGCAACUGCAGGAAAUGAAGGUUGGGAAUACGAAAAUGUUCUAAAAUAUUUCAAGAAAUCGGAAAACAUUAAAGCAAAAGAAGUCCUUAAAACUUUGAAAUAUCAAACAUACCAUGGAGAAAAUGGAUUUUUAACAGUAGAUUCUUGGAAUGAAUAUGGAUUAGAAGGUUUAAUCAAUGCAUUUGUGGAAGGAAUGAAAGAACUUGGAUAUAAUACUAAUAUGGAUGUCAAUGGAGAAUCACAAACUGGAUUUGCAAAAGUGCAAGGUACAAUUAUUGAUGGUAAACGUUGUAGCACUGCUAAAGCCUUUUUAAGUCCAAUUAAGAACAGAUCAAAUCUGAAAAUUUCUAAACACUCUCUAGUAACAAAGAUAAUGGUAGAUCAAAAGUCUAUGACAGCACAUGGGGUGGAAUUUAUGGAUAAUCUAGGUAAAGAGAUCCGAAUCAGAGCAAGAAAGGAAGUCAUUAUUUCUGCCGGAGCUAUAAACUCUCCACAGCUUCUAAUGUUAUCAGGAAUAGGACCGAGGAAACACUUAGAAGAGUUAGGCAUUGAGGUGAUCCAAGAUUUGCCUGUAGGUGAGAAACUAGAGGACCACAUGAUAAUGGUAGGACUUGUUUUCUCUUUUAACUAUACGAGAGAAGUCAAAUCGAUUACGGAUUAUAUGUAUGAUUUCCUGAAAACUAAUAGCAGCAAAUUAUCAGGAGUAGGUAUGUUAGGGUACUCAACUUUUAUAAAUACACUUGAUAACAAAAAUUAUUUGCCAGACAUGCAGAUACACCAUGGUAAUUAUGACGUUAAUGAUGUCGAAUCACUUGAUUUAUUUUUUGAUCGUUUUGGUCUCAGAGAAGAAAUAAGGAAGCAGUAUCAUGAAAUAAAUGCUAACAGACAUAUUGCGCUAUUAUUGCCAACAUUGCUUAGACCGGCCAGCACUGGUAAGAUACUGCUGUCAUCUACAGAUCCCACUGACAAACCAAGAAUCAUAACAGGAUUCCUUACAAAGGAUGAUGAUUUUGAAACAUUUUUGCGCACAACUGAGUUCAUCUCAAAAUUUUCCAGAACAAAAGCAAUGAGGAAACUAGACACACAGUUCCAUGAGAUAGCUCCACCUGCUUGUACAGUUCAUCCUUUAUCGUCAAAAGAGUUUAGGAAGUGUGCACUGAGACAUCUUACAUCGACUGCCUGGCAUCAGACGUCCACGUGCAAGAUGGGACCUGAAGGAGACCCCACUGCGGUAGUCAACCCCCAACUGCAGGUGAGAGGUGUGAGACAGCUGCGAGUGGCGGACGCUUCCAUCAUGCCUUCAGUUGUCAGCGGCAAUACCAAUGCGGCCGCCAUCAUGAUUGGUGAAAAGGCGGCAGACUUGAUAAAGGAAAGUUGGUUGUAGAAUACUUGGCUCAUGUAAAUAAUAAAAAUGAUAAACAGUGUAUUUACUUACAUGGAAAUCUAAAAUUUCACAGUUUUACCUCUAACUACAGUAUUCAUUACCACGGUUUUAUUUUUUUUCUAAUUAUAAUUAAAAUAAUCCAAUGAAUAAAUGAAAGUAUGCCACCCAAAAGAUGGCCAUUUUUGAUUUUAGAUAUACUAUAUUUAGUUUUUAUUAGUAAGUAAAGGUUCAAGAAUUAAAGAUCCAUUCCCUAUCAUCUUCCAAAAAAAUUUAAUAAACAUAAUAUUUCAAUACUUUAUAAAAGAAAAUUGACUCUGUUUUAGUGCUUUUGUAUAUAUAUAAAUUAUUUCUGUAAAUUUUAUCUUAUGAACGGCUAGAAUACAAUCCGUUCAGAAGGAGGAGGUUUAUUCUCGUGUCGUGCUUUUUGGCUAGAUUUAGACUACUUCGAUUAGUUUAAAUAAUAAUCUCCCACAUCAUUCAUUGUACCUCCCGAUUAUGUUGAACCAUGUACGAAAUCUGAUUUUUUGUAAUCACUGUACUACCGUGAUAAAAUGGUUUUGGAAAAGUGUGCGGUAAUAAAAAUAAGUAUACAAACAUCAUGUACAAAAUAAAACUCUACAGGGUGCUACUAACAGUUUUAGUUCAUGAAUUUACGAUUAAACUAUUAAUACAUAA